AUGCUGGGAAUUGUAGUUCGAUCAGGUUUAAGGUUUCGGGCGUGGGCUCCAAAAUCCAAGGUUUGACCUCAGCCUGCCCUUGCUAGUUCCUGGGUCACAGGUGAGCCGUUAUUGGCUGCAGUUAAGGACCAUUACCAUUCCCGGGUACGCAGAGGUUGAAUGAAGGCUAAAGAAGCCUUGAGGAAGAGUGAUAAUAGGGAAUGAAGGUGCUGGUUUCUGUGGACCCUGCCGUUCUUGCAGUUCAAAGCUUAAGAGGUCCUGGCAUUCCCGCGGUGGGCCAUCCCGACCCGCCGAGCUCGCCCUUCUCCAGUGAUUUGCGGCUCCUGGUCGGGUAGCUCCCUGACCUCUUUCCUGGGAAGAUGUUCCUGGUGGGCCUCACGGGGGGCAUCGCCUCAGGCAAGAGCUCCGUGAUUCAGGUGUUCCAGCAGCUGGGCUGCGCCGUGAUCGACAUCGACGUCAUAGCGCGGCAGGUUGUCCAGCCAGGACACCCAGCCCACCGGCGCAUCGUGGAGGCCUUUGGCACUGAGGUCUUGCUGGAGAAUGGCGACAUCAAUCGCAAGGUCCUGGGGGACUUGAUCUUUAACCAGCCUGACCGACGGUCUCUGCUCAACGCCAUCACCCACCCUGAGAUCCGCAAGCAGAUGAUGAAGGAGACCUUCAAGUACUUCCUCCGGGGAUACCGCUACGUGAUUCUGGAUAUCCCCCUGUUGUUUGAGACCAAGAAGCUGCUCAAGUACAUGAAGCACACAGUGGUGGUAUACUGUGACCGGGACACGCAGCUGGCAAGGCUGAUGCAGCGGAACAACCUGAACCGCGAGGACGCAGAGGCUCGGAUCAAGGCUCAGCUGCCCCUGAAGGACAAGGCACGUAUGGCCCGCCAUGUUCUUGACAACUCAGGCGAGUGGAGCGUCACCAAACGCCAGGUCAUCCUCCUGCAUGCCGAGCUGGAGCGCUCCCUGGAGUACCUGCCGCUGAGGCUUGGGGUCCUCACGGGUCUGGCCGGCAUUGCCGGCCUCCUCUACCUGCUCACCCGCUACCUCCUGCCGUCCCCCUAGCUGGGCCCUCCAAAGCAGAGCCUGAAGCUGGGUAAGGAAUCAUCCUGUUUCCUCCCAGCCCCCUCAACACACACACACACACACGCACACACACACACACACACUCUCUCUCUCUCUCUCUCUCUCUCUCUCUCUCUCUCUCUCUGGAUCUGGGCUGGAGCUCUGCCCUGGGCAGACCCUUCUUUGGAGUGAGUCCUGUCUGAGGCAGAGAAACAGCCCUCUGUCAGUAGAUGCUCCUUCCCACCUUCCCCAGGGUCCCUCCCUCUGGAACCAUCUACAGAACAGUGUCUGUGAUGGGGCAUGAAAGCAGCAGUGGGAGACUCUUACAAAUUUCUUGUGGGUGGGGGUGAGGAACACUGUCUCUGUGGCCCUCACCAGUGUUUAAAGCUGGGAGGUUCCCUGGGCUUGAACCCUCUCCGAGCACAUGCCUUAUCAUGGCUGAAACCUCCUUUGUGGACCAUGGGACCAAGGCCUGCCAACUUCAAGCAGGGUUCUCCCCUAGCUUGAAGCCCUUGCCAGGAUGUAGUGAGGAUUCCCUUGUGGGUAAUGCUAUAGCUGGGCAGCGCCCAGGCCUCUUCUGGGAUGACCCGCCGUCCCACCUUGGUGUUUCUCUGUGCCCCUACUCCCUCCUCACCCCUCCCACCAUCUGCCUCCCACUCCGUGUUCUCCUAGCCCUGAGCUCCUGGUCGUCCACUUGCACCAGGUAGUUUCUCACCUCUGUGCCUUUGCCCUGCUGUUCCCCCGCCUGGAAUACCCUUUUUCUUUCUCUUUUUUUUUUCUGUAAUUGGUUGACUCCCAGCUCAGGCACUGCCCCAGGCUGGGUUAGAUGCUCUGGGAUCACACACACACACACCCACCCACCCCCACACCCCCACCCCAUUUUACCUGAAUCCACAGUAAUCAGCCAAAAGCUGGUUGGUCUCUAUUACUAGAUUGUAAGCCCUUUGAGGGCAAGGAGUCUUAUUCAUCUCUGUGUUCCUGGUGCAGAGCCUGACUCACUCUUGGUGCUUAAUAAAGUGUGUUGAUCUGAAA